ACAGGCUCCCAGUACAUUCGCGACCUCGGACUGUGAUCCACAAAAUGUGUCGAAAGUUGACCUUGCUCCUUCUAUUUUACGCCCUCGCCCAAAAUGUACAAUGUGCCAGUUUCUUUGACAACCCUUAUGAGUACGUCAUGGGGUUCGGGAAGAAUAUUGCACCAAGUAUAAUGUCGAUUUGGGAUUGUGUGGGACAGCAAGAUGCGUGGGGUUGUGCCAAGGAGAGGAUCGGCAGUAUUCUGGAUGGGUGGGAUCGAGCUAUUAACGUUCAGAGGAGUUUGUGGCAAGCUGCCGCUGACGCAGAAAUUGUAACAUCGGGACGCUCUAUAGGCGAGAUGCCGUCGCAACUAGGAGCAGAAGUGGAAGACACGCUGAAUUCUCUCACUAAGUUCCUUAGUUACAGGAUAUCGAGGUCUGGGCCCUUAUUCUGGCAUUGGAGAAAAGAAAAGCACGAAAGCGCCGAAAUCGACAGCAUCACCAUCUCAACAGGCGAAAAGAAAAAAAUCAAGAAGAAGAAGCCAAAACCACCGAAAAUACAUCUCCUACAUCCAAUUAUGCUCAAGGCGCAGAAAAAACAAGAGAAAGGUCGCGAAAGCAGGGUCCAAAGUUGGGUUAUUGGUGAAAGAAGCUUUGACGAAGAAGACUCGACUGUAACCAAUGACUCCACGGUCCGAGACUCGACUGAGACUAUAAGCGGAAUGAGAAGAGGAAGAGGUGUUAUGACGGACUUAUGGUCUUAUGGCCAGGAGGCGUUGGAUGCUGUGGCUGAGCAUGCGGUCGAGAGCGAGAAUUUGGACAAUGGCGUGGCUGACAAAAGUUCUCUAUCAGAACAAAGAGGCAAGAAGAAGAAGAAAAAGAAGGCUAUCCUUAAGCUGCUCAUCCUCGGAGCUGUGUUGAAGGCCAAGAUCGGCACGCUGUUGCAGAUUCUCUCGUUUAAGUUGCAAGUGAAAUUCUUCAUUAUAGCACUGCUCGGACUGGCUGUCAACUUAGCCCGUCUCUGGAUUGAUAUCAAGAAUAAGCAUAACCAACAACCACAAAAGGUGAUAUACUACGAGCACGCGCAGCACCAGCAUCACUACGACCACGAGGACGAACACGAGCACGGCUGGGGACCCUGGUCCAGGAGCAUGGAGCCCGAGGAAACCGAUGUCUCAGUGGACGUGGAUGUGAAGAACAGCCCAUACAGAGCGUACGCGAGAAACGUGCAGCUCAACCCGAUCAUAACCAAAUUGUAGAUCACAAGUCAUUUAGAACUAAGUUAGAUUAUACCGACCAUGAUUGCUCAAACUUCCAAAAACCAGACAUAUUUGUCAGUUACUUUGAAUAACGGCAGUAUACUUUUGAGUAGGUACUUUAUUUAUUAAAAAUAAUUAAUAUUGUGCUAUCACAAAACAUCAUUUAAUCUGAUCCAGAAGACUAAUGAAUUUGAAUAAAAAUCUGUUGGAUUAAAUAAAGAACAAAAUAUAUCCCAAUUUUAAUGCAAUAUUGCUUGACCAUUUGUUAGACGAGAAUCGAUUUUUAAGAUUCCUUGAAUCGAUUUUGAAGAUUCUUUGAAUCGAUUAUUAGGAUUCUUCGUAUUGAUUUGUCUGGCGUCGCAAUUUGAUAUUUACCUAAGAAUAAUAUAUUUUUAAGUUAAUUUAUUGCAAUUGUUAAUUGUGUGGCCAUAGUGUGCGUGUAUUUAUGUGCGUAUGUUCAUUGUCUCGUGUAUUUAUUAAAUUAUUUUAUUAUAAAUAUAUAUUUUUUAUUUAAA